AGAGUAUUUCCUGUUAAGAAAAGCCCACUCCUUGACAUUCUUCAGAAAUCAGAAUCUUUGCUCCAAGGUAUCAACGGCCACUCAACAACGACAUCAAGGGGGUACAACGUAAGCUUCAAAUCGUGUUUGUGUGGCAAGAGCACCGAGAUUGGUAUGUGGAUGUUCAACUGCUAACUGCUAAGAAGACAUUGCAUUGGAGAUAGGGAGAGAGGGGGAGAGAGAGAAUGGCUCUGAUGCGACGAGCUUCUGCGAGCCUCCCCCAACUUAUUGGAUUUGCAAACAGGUCCUUCAAAUCCUUCAGAUUCCCGGGCGACUCUCUCGAUUCCUCAACACCAUCUACUCUUAGCCAUGGAAUCCACGUCUUCCAGUGCCCUGAUGCGGUCGGGAUUGUUGCGAAGCUAUCGGAUUGUAUAGCUAGUAGAGGAGGGAAUAUACUCGGCGCGGAUGUUUUUGUACCCGAAAACAAGCGCGUGUUCUAUUCCAGAAGUGAGUUUAUUUUUGAUCCUGUUAAAUGGCCUCGGGAGCAAAUGGAUGAAGAUUUUGUUAAGCUAUCAAAAAUGUUCAAUGCUAUGAGAUCUGUUGUCCGGGUGCCAGCUCUGGACUCCAAAUACAAGAUUGCUGUCCUCGCUUCAAAGCAGGACCAUUGUCUGGUUGAUUUGUUACAUGGAUGGCAGGAUGGAAGACUUCCGCUAGAUAUAACUUGUGUGAUAAGCAAUCAUGAUAGAGGUUCAAACACCCAUGUGAUUCGUUUUCUUGAAAGGCAUGGUAUUCCUUAUCAUUAUUUACGCACAACCAAAGAGAAUAAACGAGAAGGGGACAUCUUGGAAUUGGUUCGGAAUACUCAUUUUUUAGUACUUGCUAGGUACAUGCAGAUACUAUCUGGUAAUUUCUUGAAGAGCUAUGGAAAGGAUAUAAUAAACAUUCACCAUGGCCUUUUGCCAUCAUUCAAGGGCGGGAAUCCAUCUAAACAGGCUUUUGACGCAGGUGUGAAACUGAUUGGUGCAACAAGCCACUUUGUGACUGAAGAACUCGAUGCAGGGCCUAUUAUUGAACAGAUGGUUGAGAGAGUGUCCCACAGAGAUAACUUGCAGACUUUUGUGCAGAAAUCAGAGAACCUUGAGAAACAAUGCCUUGCUAAGGCUAUAAAAUCAUACUGCGAGCUGCGAGUUUUACCUUAUGAACAAAACAAGACUGUUGUGUUUUAAAGGUAUGGAAGGAUGUAAAGUGAUUGAAAGGGGGGCUAAUUGUGGAUGUGUGAUGGGGUGAUAUCAUCCCGACUACAAGAUCGACACCCAUUGAAGUUGUACACCUUCUAUCCAAUUCUUUUUGGUGUACUGUGUGACCUGGAAAUGCUUAGCCAGUACAUAAUCAACAUCGGCACUCUCCUCUUCUGCAUUUUCUCAACUCAGUUAUGACUUUGUCAUUUGAUCAAUUGAAGUGGCUGCAAGAAUUCUUUGUACCGACCAUCUCGGCUCGGGCAUCAUUUGCAUGCAUGGACUUGACCUGUUACCCCCAUCUUUAAUCCCUCUUUAUGGUGAAUAGUUACAUUUCAUGGCCGAUGUAAUAAUGAUUUUUAUCACUCUCAAUCCAUAAAAAUCAAUCUCUAAUUGUCAUAUUUCAUGAAAA